UUCCACCCUUCCUGAAAACAAACAACCAAACAACCAUCAAAACAGUCAUCACCACCAUCAUCAAAACUGUUAACAUAGCAGCGGCGGCGGCGGCGGCGGCAAACGUCACCCUCUGGCCACGGCGUCCGCCUAAAGGGAUGGUUUUCUCGGCGGAGCAGCUCUUUGCCGACCACCUUCUUCACUCGUGCUGAGCAGGAUUUUUGGGCUCUCCGGGGUUCGGGCUGGGAGCAGCUUCAUGACUACGCGGAGCGGGAGAGCGGCCACACCAUGCGAGCACAAAUUGAAGUGAUACCAUGCAAAAUUUGUGGCGAUAAGUCCUCCGGGAUCCACUACGGAGUCAUCACGUGCGAAGGCUGCAAGGGAUUCUUCAGGAGGAGCCAACAAAACAAUGCCUCUUACUCCUGCCCAAGGCAGAGAAACUGUUUAAUCGACAGAACCAACAGAAACCGUUGCCAACACUGCCGACUGCAGAAGUGUCUUGCCCUCGGGAUGUCGAGAGAUGCUGUGAAGUUCGGGAGGAUGUCCAAGAAGCAGAGGGACAGCCUGUACGCCGAGGUGCAGAAGCACCAGCAGCGGCUGCAGGAGCAGCGGCAGCAGCAGAGCGGGGAGGCGGAAGCCCUCGCCAGGGUCUACAGCGGCAGCAUCAGCAACGGCCUGGGCAACCUGAGCAACGAGGCCGGCGGCGCCUACGCCAACGGACACGUCAUCGACCUGCCCAAGUCCGAGGGUUAUUACAGCGUGGAUUCCGGCCAGCCGUCCCCUGAUCAGUCAGGACUUGACAUGACUGGAAUCAAACAGAUAAAGCAAGAACCUAUCUAUGACCUCACCUCCGUACCCAACUUGUUUACCUAUAGCUCUUUCAACAACGGGCAGCUAGCACCCGGGAUAACGAUGACUGAAAUCGAUCGAAUUGCACAGAACAUCAUUAAGUCCCACCUGGAGACGUGUCAGUACACCACGGAGGAGCUGCACCAGCUGGCAUGGCAGACCCACACCUACGAGGAAAUUAAAGCCUAUCAGAGCAAGUCUAGGGAAGCACUAUGGCAGCAAUGCGCCAUCCAGAUCACUCACGCCAUCCAGUAUGUGGUAGAGUUUGCAAAGCGGAUAACGGGCUUCAUGGAGCUCUGUCAAAAUGAUCAGAUUCUACUUCUGAAGUCAGGUUGCCUGGAAGUGGUUUUAGUGAGAAUGUGCCGUGCCUUCAACCCAUUAAACAACACUGUUCUGUUUGAAGGAAAAUAUGGAGGAAUGCAGAUGUUCAAGGCCUUAGGUUCUGAUGACCUAGUGAAUGAAGCAUUUGACUUUGCAAAGAAUUUGUGUUCCUUGCAGCUGACUGAGGAGGAGAUUGCUUUGUUCUCAUCUGCUGUUCUGAUAUCUCCAGACCGAGCCUGGCUGAUAGAACCAAGGAAGGUCCAGAAGCUUCAGGAAAAAAUUUAUUUUGCACUUCAACAUGUGAUUCAGAAGAAUCACCUGGAUGACGAGACCUUGGCAAAGUUAAUAGCCAAGAUACCAACCAUCACGGCGGUCUGCAACUUGCACGGGGAGAAGCUGCAGGUAUUUAAACAAUCACACCCAGACAUAGUGAAUACACUCUUUCCUCCAUUGUACAAGGAGCUCUUUAAUCCUGACUGUGCCACCGUCUGCAAAUGAAGGCAACGAGAGAACUGUCUCCUAGUCGUGGAAUGCGUCACCAUUAAGACAAAAGCAAUGUGUUCAUGAAGACUUAAGAAAAAUGUCACUACUGCAACAUUAGGAAUGUCCUGCACUUAAUAGAAUUAUUUUUCACCGCUACAGUUUGAAGAAUGUAAAUACGCACCUGAGUGGGGCUCUUUUAUUUGUUUGUUUUUGAAAUGACCAUAAAUAUACAAAUAUAGGACACUGGAUGUUAUCUUUUUUUUUUUUAAUUUUAUUUUAUUCAGGUAUGUUUUGGGAGACAACUGUUUAUAGAAUUUUAUUGUAGAUACGUACAAGAACAGAGCGGUACUUUACAUGAUUACUUUUCCUGUUAAUUGUUCAAAUAUAAUUUAAGAAAAUUCCACUUAAUAGGCUUACCUAUUUCUAUGUUUUUAGAUAGCUGAUGCAUGUGUAAAUUUGUAGCUGUCUUGGAAAGCACUGUGCAUGUAUGUAAUAAGCAUAUAAUAUCUGAGAAUAUUAUAUAUGACUAUUACUUAUACAUGCACAUGCACUGUGACCUAAAAUCCCAUACAUACUAACAAAGGAGGUUCAGUCAGGCUCUCUUAUAUUAUUUACCUUCUGUGUUAUAUGUUACCUUUAUGUUAGACAAUCAGGAUUUUGUUUUCCCAGCCAGAAUCUUCAACUAUCGUCGAUGGCAGGAUGGUACCAAUUCAGAGAUAACGUCUACAAAGGAAUAAAUAUAAUGCGCGGCCUCUGUAUAAGAACUCUGUUUCUAUCAGUGACAUCAAAGCCUUGUCAGGAUGGUAAAUCUCCGCGGGCGGGGGCCCCCGGGGGAAUAUUUGGAGCCAUUUUCCUGUUUUAAGAAUUCGGCCACAGAUAACGUUGUGGAGUCCAGGACUUUUUUGACCAAUCACUAUUUCCUAUUUUUCACCAGGACACAUAAAACACUUUUUUUUUUUUUCCUUUGGAUUUCAGGUGGGUAAAGAAACUGAUUUUGGUGCUCACUGUGUUGUCACCAGAGAAAUGCAGUCUGUAGGUUUGACCACCAGCAAUUUUUUUCUAAUAAAAUUAGAGUCACAGAGGAAACCAGAACCCAGGGCCCCGAUGCCAUUUCAUGUAGACAUUUUUUCUCUAACCUGUUGUGUCUGGGUUUGAUGUUUUUUGUUUUUUGAGGGUUUUUUGUUUUGUUUUGGGGGGCUUUUUUUGGCAACGAAGAGGUAGAAAGAGCUUGGUUCUUUAUAUUCACUCUCUUUGCUACAUUUGUUAGAAAAAGCAGCAAUAAAAGGGGAGGCAGGAUUUGAUAUGUCCUUCUAGUGGGGAGGGGGGUCCCCUCAUUUCUCUCAACUCCAAAGUGCUGUACUAUAAACACAGAGCAAGAACUUGACAGAUAACGAAAACACAUCGGACUUAUUCCGUAGAACUAAUACACCCCAAAGCCCAAACUAUUUCCUAUGCAGUUUGCAAUUAGAUCAUCCGUCUGGCCUGGGAUUCUUUCUUUUAGCAACUUGUCAAAAACACAGAAUACAAGAGGGGGAUAUGAGGCUUGGAGUAUUAAGACUUCCUAGUAUAAGUCUCACCUCUCCACCUGCUCCCCAAGCAAACUGAAUACCAGAAAAGCAUGAAUCCCAAGCAGCUUGUUCUGCCCGUGCUCCAGAGGCCCUAUGCCUUUGGUCUCAGCCGAUCCAAAAUUAAGAGUUUUUAAAAAGGAAGCCGGAGCAGAGCCUCAUGUAACUCAGUGACAUUCAAGCUCUCCUGUGAGUAAAGCCCAGCAGCCAGCUCCCGAGGACCCGCCCUUUUCUCCUCGUCAAACACACACGCACACCUGCUCGGUAAAGUUUCCAUCGGUGGAAACCUUGAUUUCCUUUUAAUCUCUGACGCUCUCCUGAAGUUACGUGGUCUUGAGAGCUGUCUCCGCAAGGCCACAAAACCCCUCGUUGAUGAUCAGACAGUAGUGCUAGUCUUUUCUCUAGAAAACAGAGCCUUUUCCCACUGCAUGAUUGAUGAAUGCUAAACCAAUGGGGAAAAACAAAAAGGCUUUAAAAUAAUGACUCUCUUUCUCAACUACUGUUAUAUUCAAUUAAUUUAACUACAUUGAACCAAAUUACCUUCGGUGUCUAAGAAGACAGCUGCAGACUGCUUAUUAUGUGGCUGUAGAGACUCCGUUCUUUUUGGUGUAAAUGUCACUCCUGCUAGCUCUUUGUAUAAAGAAUUAAUUCCAAGAGUCAUAUUUCCUUCUAAUGGAAAGAUUACUUUACUGAUUGCUAGGAAAACAGGGUAAUGGAAGGCGCUCAAUUAAACCAAGCCGUUUCCAAAUGCAAUGUAUGUUUUAUGAUUGGCUUGUGAUAGGCAAUGCUCAACAUGUCUGCUUGGUGUUUCCCUUUGAGCUUUGAACUUAUGUCAAAGUUUGUUUUCAUUGUUCUGUUGGCCUAGUGUUUUCCAUCGUCCGCCUGUAAUUCCCGCUCAGUUGCAAGGGGAAUCGUUUGUUUCCUCCAAUUUACCUUAGAGGGUUUAAAUUGGUUCUGUUGAUGAAGUGGCUGAGAAUUUUUUCCUCCCUGCCCCAUGGGUGAUGUAGGAAAAGGAUUGCUCCCCACAUUUGCCUCAGGAGGUACUCGAUUUGAAUGUGUUUGUCGUUUCUACUAGUGCAAGCAUUUCACUGGGACCGCAUGAACCUUUUGAAGCUAGGGGACAGGAAACAGCUAGCGACUGAACCAGAACAAAACAGUGGAAACGAGUACACGCUCAGCCCACUUCGAUUGAGAAAAGAGAUUUCCAUCUUUCGCCACAGUUGCCAAAUCUGUCCGUUAAAAGACCACCAAUCACAUUUUCAGUGGUAGCGACAAACGCCUUGAAAAGCUGCCUUUUUGAACAUCUCCUGUGACUACAUCUCGAGGUGUUUUGAAAUUUUGCUAAGAUCGCCUUUCCUUACCACAUGCAAUCUCUGUCCCUUCCCUACGAAGACUCCCAAAUGUUCACCACACCUUCAUGGUAAAACGGGCACUGGAAGAAAGAACCCAUGAUCUGUACGUUUCACUUCUUGCUUCGUAAAUGACAAUCACUGCUUGGCACAGAUAUUGCACUGUAACCACUCAGGGAUGUUUCAUUAAAAAAAAAAAAAGAAAAAGAAAAAAAAAAAGAAGGAGGGGAAAAAAAAAAA